GGAGAAAAACCAGCAAAUACUCAGCAGCAGCCUAGGGUAUUGCGAAGCCAGGGAAAAGGUUAAGUCCUUUUGCAUCUUCUUUUCAUUGGAUGGUGUGAUCUGGGGGUGUUCUUGGUAUAGUUCUUGCUGGGAUUAUAGACUGCAGCAUUGCGUGCUGUACCUGACAGAGACAAGAAUAAUAAUCCAAGGAGCUGGGAUAGAGUUUCCCCACAUUGCAUCAAAUUCCUUCACUUGUUGUAUACUGCUCAGGCUGAUAAAAUAUUUGCAGAAGAUGCUGUAGAAAAUGACAUUUUUAUUGGAAGCCUUUGGCAGCAUUUUAUUAUCAGUGGAAAGAGAAGCAAAGCCAUUUCCAGUCAUUCGCACUUUCCUGCCUUGUUAAAAUAUCCGAAGACUGGUUUCCACAACUGUACUUUGUGCAUGAGUAGCGACCAGAGAAUUAUUAAAGAGAAUUGGGGCUGAGGCAAUCGUUGCAAAUUAACUUGUUUAUCCACAGUAUAUUCUAUGGGAUCAGCACAGUUUGGAGCCAGCUGACGUUCCUAAGUGAGACACAGACAUCUUUUUUGCUGUAACAGUCUUAAGAGAUAACAGCCCAAAAGCCACAAGGCAAAAUCAUCGGGGUGGCCUCCACCUUCAGGAACCUGGAGUUUGCCUCAGGGACCACCCUAUGGAUGGGAGAUGGCGACAAACAGAGAUGGGAGAGAUUUCUUCAUCAGUCACUUGACACAAACAGCAACAUUUGAAGAUCCAAGAAUAGAAAGCUGCCAAAUUAAUCCUCCAGUACCACGGAACAUAGAAAUGAGGCGAGAUCCAGUCCUCGGUUUUGGCUUUGUUGCUGGAAGCGAAAAGCCAGUCGUUGUUCGUUCAGUAACGCCAGGUGGACCCUCAGAAGGAAAAUUAGUCCCCGGAGAUCAAAUCAUUAUGAUAAACGAUGAGCCAGUCAGCAGUGCUCCAAGGGAGAGAGUGAUCGACCUUGUCAGAAGCUGCAAAGAAUCAAUCCUACUUACAGUCGUGCAACCGUACCCAUCUCCCAAAUCCGCAUUUAUUAGUGCUGCAAAAAAAGCCAGACUGAAGUCCAACCCAGUUAAAGUGCGAUUCUCAGAAGAAGUGAUAAUCAAUGGCCAGGUUUCGGAAACCGUCAAAGACAAUGCGCUUCUUUUCAUGCCAAAUGUAUUGAAGGUUUACUUAGAAAAUGGGCAAACAAAAUCAUUCCGCUUUGACAGUGGCACUUCUAUAAAGGAUGUUAUAUUAACACUCCAAGAAAAGCUUUCUAUAAAGUGCAUUGAACACUUUUCCUUGAUGCUUGAGCAAACGACAGAAGGAGCUGGAACCAAACUUCUUUUGUUACACGAACAGGAGACACUUACUCAGGUGACUCAGAGACCCUGUGCUCACAUGAUGAGAUGCCUAUUCCGAAUUAGCUUUGUUCCAAAGGAUCCAAUUGACUUACUACGGAGGGACCCAGUUGCCUUUGAAUAUUUGUAUGUGCAGAGCUGCAAUGAUGUUGUACAAGAGAGAUUUGGUCCAGAGCUAAAAUACGAUACUGCACUACGGCUAGCAGCGCUGCAAAUGUAUAUUGCCACAGUUACUACAAAACAAACACAGAAAAUCUCCAUGAAAUAUAUUGAAAAAGAAUGGGGAUUAGAAACGUUCCUUCCAUCUGCCGUGUUGCAAAGCAUGAAAGAAAAGAACAUAAAAAAGGCACUUUCACACCUUGUCAAAGCUAAUCAAAACCUAGUUCCUCCAGGCAAGAAGUUAUCUGGUCUGCAAGCCAAGGUGCAUUAUCUGAAGUUUCUUAGCGACCUGCGUUUAUAUGGAGGACGUGUAUUUAAAGCAAAAUUGGUUCAGGGAGAAAAACAUUCCGACGUAACCUUGUUAGUAGGUCCACGGUAUGGUAUCAGCCAUGUUAUCAAUACAAAAACCAACCUUGUUGCCCUGCUUGCUGACUUUAGCCAUGUAAAUCGGAUUGAAAUGUAUACAGAAGAUGAUAUAACUGUUAGAGUGGAGCUUCAUGUUUUGGAUGUAAAACCUAUAACUUUGCUCAUGGAGUCAUCGGAUGCCAUGAAUCUGGCAUGUUUAACUGCAGGUUAUUAUCGGUUACUAGUGGAUUCAAGACGUUCAAUAUUUAAUGUGAUUAACAAGACCACAACAAAUCGAGAAACAGGAAAUGAAACACGAACCAAGUAUAGUUACCAAGAUUGUGACUGGAAUUACUUGCCAAAGUCAACUAUCUUUGGUUUCGAGGAGAAUCAAGAGAAUCAAGAUUCUCAGCAAAUAUUUUCAGACUUGAAACAGAGAACUGCAAAUGUUCUAGGCAGUCCACUUUGUCACAAAGAUCAUAGGAAUUUGUACAUAGAAACUACAUUUAAUUCAGGAGAACUUGAUCAGCAGCUAACCAAACAAUGCGAACAUAUAGAUCUAGAGAAUAGCUUAAAUGCAAGCCAACCAUCAAUAAUUUCGAUCUCAGGACUGGAACACACAAUCACAGCACAAGACUCUCCCAGAAGCGCAAAAGUGUCUUUCAUAUUUGGAGAUCCCAACUUGGAUACAAUAAAUCCUCAGAAUCUUGGCUAUGAAAGAUUGCUAGACGAGAGCCCUGAGAUGAUUGAUAAACAAAGUAUUAUUUACUUAAAUAAUGCCAAUGACAUCAAAGAUUUGGAAUUAUCGCCAGAUGCAGAGAGCAUUCAUUUUGCUGCAAAUGCCGUUUAUGCUAAUAUAUCUGAAAGUAAAAUGUUUGGUAAUGCAGAAGGCAUAGAAGAGCCAUUAUUACAUGAUAUAUGUUAUUCUGAAACCACAGAUGAUGUUGAAGAUGAUGAUGAAGCGAGCUGUGAGGAAGAUGUUAUGGUAGCUGAGGAAAACCAAACAGACAUUCUCAGCAUGUCUGGAUCUAGUGAUGACAUCAUAGACCUGACAUCACUUCCUCCACCCGAAGGCGAUGAUAAUGAAGAUGAUUUUUUGUUGCAUUCGCUGAAUAUGGCGAUUGCUGCUCCACCACCUGGAUUUCGGGACAGUUCAGAUGAAGAAGACUGUCAGAAUUUGUCGAAACCCUCUGGAGCAGCUAACAGUAUAUCUCAUGAUGAUAUCCCUGUGUCUCUCAUUGAUGCAGUUCCUACAAACACAGAUGAAAAACUUAAAACAAUCCUGGAAGAAACAAGUGUUUCUGAUCUUCAGACACUGCAAGAUUUGACUGUCUCUGAGGAAAACCAAAGAGAUGACACCUCAGGUGUAACAAUGUUAAGAGCAUAUAGUCCUGAGUCAUCUUCUGAUUCUGGUAAUGAGACAAAUUCUUCAGAAAUGACUGAAAGUUCUGAAUUAGCAACAGCACAGAAACAUCCAGAAGUUUCAGCACGCACCAUUUUGCCUGUUAGUGAAGAUUACCAAUCCCUGAUGGAAGAGCAAACUGAUUUUUCUGUUUCCAAGGGUCAAACAGGAAGUAUAACUAUCAAAGCCACACUGUCUUCAAUAAAUCGGCAAGCUGCGGAACUGCAAUCAAAAGCUGUGCCUUCAAAACAGGUCAUCCAUUCGGAUAACAUUGAGAUGGAACCAGAAACAAUGGAGAUAAAAUCUGUGUCAGAAUACUUUAAUAAGGUGCACAUGGGUACUCUGGUGUACUCCUGUAAAAAGAAGAACAAGCUACCAGAUGCCGAGGCAAAAUCGCAUUUUGAUGUAAAUGUUAUGGUUAAAAAGCAAAUUGGCAAGAGACCAGAAUCUGAUGGUGAACUGAAAUCCAAGGACUGUCAGCAUCUGGCCAAUUUUAACCUAGAAAGGACAGCUUUUCGUAAAGACAGUCAAAGAUGGUAUAAUACUGCAGAUAGAAGUGCAAGUGAUAAGCUAUCAACAGAUGCUCACCAUAUUAAAACAUUGCCAAGACUUUCUUGUGUUGGGAAAACAGAGACUGAUAUAAUAGAAGAAAUGAAUGAUAUUACAUUAUCUGGACUUAAACAAGAAGAUAUAUAUAUCUCAAAUGCAAAUUACAUGUCUCCAUCCAAAGAACAUACUAUCCCAAAUGCUGAUGAUGCCUCAGCAGAACACAUGUCUAAGCUUGUAGAUCCUGGUGAUAACCAUAUAGCCAAGAACAUUUCAUCUUUUCAGAGUGAGGGACAUUUUUCUCUUCAGAGUUCCCAAUGUUCUUCAGUGGAUGCAGGAUGUAGUACUGGUAGCAGUUCAUGUGCAACCCCUGUGGAGUCUCCUCUGUGUACUGGUGACGUAAAACAUAUUCUCUGUGAUGCAUCAGUAAAGAGUGGUGUCUUGAUUCCCCUUGAUGAAAGAUCUUCUAUGCUUCCAAAUCUUGGGGCACCAUUUACAGAAUUACAUCAACAAACUGAAGCUGCUUGUCAUAGAAUGAGUGUGCCAGUUAUGCAUGCACCAGUCAAUGCAGAGCCAGUGUUUGGCACUUUAAGAGAUGGAUGUCACCGUGUUUCAAAAAUUAAAGAAACCACAGCUUUCACAGAGCCUGCAAAAGGAAGAAGAGUAGGUGGCCUUCCAGCAGCUGCUUCAAAACAUUCUAAAGGUGAUUUCACAACACCAUCCAACAUUUGCUCAGAAUCCAAUGUGCCAACUCAAAGUCAAGACUUUCUUCAUCCUCACCACGGGAGCCUGACAUGUUCAGCAGAGAUUACAUUACAUCCGUAUGAGAUUGGUGGAAGCCUGAAAAUGCCACAUAACAGAAAGGUACUUAGACGCAGCAGCAGUGUGAUAACAAGAUCAUCGGGCAUGGACUGGGCAGACAAGAAAAUAUCUUCAGUAAGCUUGUGUCUGGAUAGCACAGAGACAGGUCUGAGAAGCAAAUCUGAGAAGCAUGUUGAAAUACCUUUGGUUAAAAAGAUAUCCAAAAGUUGUUCUCAGAGUUCUGUUAGUUCCAUCAGUGAAAGCAAAAAGUUCUCAGCUACUGGGUCUAUGCAAAAGGUACCGAAACAGUCAAGAUCAUUGCCUUUGCUGAAACUAGAUGCCAGCAACUGGAGAUGUCGGGGUCCCUUUAGCUACUGCUUCCAUAACAGAGGGAAUAAUGGUGACGAAGAAGAUGAAGAAUGUGAAGAGGCUAACAAUGGAAAUAAUAACGAGGAAAAGGAGCAUUCAUGUGUGUAUAUAUCACAAACACCAGCUGAAACGCCAAAAGUAAGCGAUUUGCUUUUAUCCCCAGAGUGCAGGAAUAAAGAACUUGAAUCACCCAUGGCCACCAUAAACACCACCAGUAAACAAGAUAUUGAUGUUACUGCUAAGCAAGUGGAAAUUAAUACCCAUGACAUGAACUUUGAGGAAAAAAUUGCAAGAAUAAAUGCACUAAAAGAAAAAGUUUAUGCAAUACCUGAUGGAUUUCAUGCUGCUCAGAAAGAUGCUAAUGAGUUACUCUGCCUAAUACGAUCAAAUAUUGGAAAAGGGGAAGAUGCAAUUGUAGAUAUGUAUGACCUCGAGCUUUCUCAGUAUAAACAACGCUUAUCCAUAGAGUCAAGAGAAUUAGGAAGUGCCUGCAGGAAGAUGGCCUCCGCUGACAAGGGCCCAGAGGAAAUGCUGUUAGCUAUGAAUUCAAGCUUUCAAAUUCUCUGUUGUUUAACAGAGGCCUGCAUGCGACUAGUUAAUGCAAUGAACUCUGAAACUCAGCAACAAGAAAUUGUAGCUAAAAUAGAUGAGGUGGUAUUAAACUAUAUCUGUUUACUGAGGGCGGCAGAAUCAACAUCGGCCAAAAUGUUUAAUGAUCCCAGUGUUAAAGUUUUGGCACGUCAAUCCAGUACUAUGGCUGCAGUUGUAAGCACACUAACACGUUCUCUUAAAAUGCUUUUAAACAAGUAAUUUAAAUAAGUUCCUCCAUAAUCUACCUUUACAAAGCCAUACAUAACCUUCUACUUAACAUAUGUAAAGAGCAGUGUAAAUUCCAUCCCAUUUCAUCCUUUCCAGCCUUCUUCUAAACACUGUCAUUUUGAGUUACUUUUUCAGGCACAAACCUGGCUCAUGAUGACAUAGUGCAUCCUUUCAUUUUAAAAAUGAUUCAGGAACAUAAUGAAUCAUGGGCCUAACCGUAAAUGAAUUACAGGUGCAUUGUCAACUUUCUAAAUCAUCUGCAUCUUCCUCUUUUCCUCUGACCCCAGUCAUGUAGGAGAUAAGAAAUGGAAUCAGUAUGUACAUAGACAAUAUUUAAUAUUUUAAAUUAUAAUUUUUAAGCGCUGAAAAUUAUGACAUAUGUUUUGAUUCCAAGAGGGUAUUAUGAUUUAUUAGAGAAUAUAUAUAUAUAUAUAAUAAAUUAACGUUUUUUUGGUUCA